AUGUUAGAUAAUCGUUUAAUUACUUAUUUUGUUCCAAAAUUAGCGCGUUCAGUUCAGCAAUUCAGAAUCCCAUGUACAGAUUGCGUCAAAAGAAGUCCGAAGCGAAAAGUAGUCGACCCUAAGUUAUGUCAUAUUCGAGACAGGGGACUCGUUCUCGGUGUAUACUACAAUGAAAAUAUUUCUAUUGGUGAAAGUGCGAUUCUUACAGCUAGUGCCCAAAAAAUGGAUAGAAAGACUGGGGGGAAACUAUGGAAACUGCUCAAGCUAGCCCCCAUGCCGAGACUCGGGGAACACAGGGUUUUCUUUGAUCUAGAUUCAGAUUACGCUUUCGUAGCCGUUGCUGGUCUCGGCUCUGAAUGUUUGUCCUACAAUGAAACGGAGCAGCUGGAUGAAAGCAAGGAGGCCAUACGGAUAGCGGCCGGUGUAGGCUCCCGGGCACUGCAAGAGAUGCAUCCGAGACACAUCGACGUGGAGUCGUUCGGCAACGCGGAGGCGGCGGCCGAGGGCGCCGCGCUCGCCACCUGGCAAUUCCGAGAAUACCGGGCCCCAGAUGUUACACGAAAAAUCCCAAUAAUCAGACUGCAUCUUCAUGACGACUGCGACUACGUGGGAUGGAAGAUGGGUAUGUUAAAGGCCGAAGCACAGAAUUUGGCUCGAUUCUUACAAGAGAUGCCUGCUAAUCUACUUAAUCCUACAAGUUUCGCAAAACUUGCAGUCGAUUUGCUUUGCGAACUAGAUAUUAACGUACACGUGAAGACUCAAGGAUGGGCUGCGAGUAGAGAGAUGGGUGGCUUCGUUGGUAUAGGAAAAUCAUCAGUGCAACCUCCACUAUUUGUAGAGAUCGGUUACUUCGGAGGUGGGCCAUGUAGCCGGCCUGUUGUUUUGAUUGGUAAAGGCGUAACAUUCGAUAGCGGAUCUUUAGAUUUGAAAUCAGCUAAAGAGUUAAAAUACAUGAGAGGUGACAUGGCAGGGGCCGCCUGUGUUCUGGCCGUCACGAGAGCCGCCGCUAGAUUGAAAUUGCCCAUCAACAUACGGGGGAUAUUGCCACUUUGCGAAAUCAUGCCUAGCGGGCGCAGUCCGAAAUUCGGCGAUGUUUUUACUGGUGCAAACGGCAAAUCUAUUCAUUUAAGAUUGCCUUCUAAAGAGGGGCGCCUGGUAAUAGCAGAUAGUUUAUUAUACGCAAGGAAAUACUGGCCGCAAUUCAUUGUGGAUGUCGGGACUAUGUCUAAGGAGCUGCUGGAUACGUUGGGUGGAGCAGCGUGCGGAUACUAUACAAAUUCCGAGCAGCUGAUGAAUUACACGCAGACUGCGAGCAGUCACACGGGCGACCGCAUCUGGCGGAUGCCGCUGUGGAAGUACUACGAGAACCGCGUCCUCAACUGCAGCACGUGUGACGUGGCCAACACGGCCCAUCACCAGUACGGAGACUCUCCGAACUGCGCCGCUUUCCUCAAGCAGUUCGUGUGCGACAGCCAGUGGAUGCACUUCGACACGUACAACAUCAUGUACAGCAAGGGCCACGACUUCGCGUACCUGGGCCGCGGCAUGACGGGCCGUCCCACCCGCACCAUCAUCGAACUCAUGUGCCAAUUAGUUGCCGAUUCUAAAUUGUAAACAUUUUAUAUAAUGUCAAGUCUUUUAAGCUAUAUCCAUUUGUAAGAAACAUAUUUUCGAAAGUUGUCUACUGUCUAUAUUGCAGUUGUAAUAAAAACUAAAAAAGAUUGA